GAAGAGGAGAAGAGGGGGGUUUUAAGGAGGUUUUACGCAAAUCCACUCUUUUCUUCAACGACGACUCCAAGCUCCGAACCCGAAAUCCUCCUUCUUCUUCAUCUCUGCCGCUCUCGCCGCUUCAUCUCCGAUCAGAAUCUCCGAUCUUCCUCCUCCUCCGAAAUCCAUGUCCGCCGCCGCCGCUCCUCCAGGACCCCCGAGCUCCGAUCCGUCGGCCCAUCCUCCGGAUCCCUCCCCAGUCGGGACGAAAACCCUAGAGAGCCACGGUUCCGACGAGAAGCCGGGCUCGGACCGGGUCGAGGCGGAUGCCGGAGGCGGCGGAGGAGAGGCGGCGGAGGAGGAGGAAGGGGAGUGCGGGUUUUGCCUCUUCAUGAAGGCCGGCGGUUGCAGGGACGCGUUCGUCGACUGGGAGAAGUGCAUCGAGGAGGCGGAGAAGAGCAAGGAGGACAUCGUGGACAAGUGCUACCAGGCGACCGCCGCCCUCAAGAAGUGCAUGGAGGCUCACCCCGACUACUACGAGCCGAUACUGCGCGCCGAGAAGGCGGCGGAGGAGGAGGCCGUGAAGGAAUUGGAGAGGGAGGCCGCGGCCAAGGACGCGGGGCGGAGCUCGAGCGCGAGCGCGGAGCCUGCAUCCGGGGAGCGAACCGAGACCUUGGAAGUCGCGAAUGAGUGAUCGGGUUUCGAAGGGAUUGGUGACGUUCAGGCAAUUUUUCGCUUUUUAAUCUUUUGAUUACUGAGAGCAAAAUGGCGGUUUGUGUCGGCUAAUUAUGCUGAUUUUUCGGAAAAUUUCCGAGGAUAAUGGAGGCAAUUUUUAUGUGAGGAAUACAAAUUGAACUUAUGUUACUGCCAUCUAGUUAAAUUAAAGGAAUAGUUUUCGAGAUGGGAGAGAUGGAAAGUCUCGGCAUUUCGUCUCGCCGGUGUUGUCACAAUAAGUGUACUCUGACAUUGACUUCGAGAUUUAAGCUCAGUUCAGACUAAUGGCUACAAAUUUGUUCCUAAA